AUGGUUGAUGAGUCUCUCGGUGGCGAGCAUACCAACGCUUCAGAAGACGGUGCUUUUAGACACUGGGGCCAUCUCUUGAAGACGCCUGGCGGUGACAUUUAUGAGUGGCCUAGACUCUCUCCCGAUGAGGCAAGAACCAUGACUGCUGUCCUGCUCUACACUUCUGGGACAACAGGCUCCUCGAAACUCGCUGAACGAACUCACUACAGUCUUAUUGGUAAUAUUGAACAAACUUUACAGCACUACAACCUCCGCGAAAGGAGAAACGAAACCAUAUUCUGCAAUUACAAGUUCUGCGGUAUGGGAUUUUUAAUAUUAGGCAUCUUGCUCCCUUUGAAGGCUCGAUAUAAGACUAUAUUCCCCCCUAGGUUUGAACCAGAAAUAUUCAUGAAGACAAUUGAACGAUUCAAACCUACCUGGUUGAUGCUCCCUAAGCAUCUGAUACGCGAGCUUCUGACAAAGUUCGACAAGCCCCGCUUCGCCAGUGUACAACAUGUACUCACAGGCGGCGCUAUCAUCUCUUAUGAAAUGAUCGAGCAGUGGCAGCGACUGCAUGGAUCUCAAGUGCAGAGUACAUAUGGAAUGACUGAGGCGGGCCUUUUUACUAUGCCAGAUCCAACCCAGCUGGUAGAGGACGCCACAACAGGAGUUUUGCUUCCCGGUGUCGAGGCGAAGAUACUUGGUGAUGACGGCAAAUUGUUAGGCAGGGGGCAAAAAGGGCACGUUUACAUUCGGACUCCAUUUGCAAUGAAGGGUUACUUUAAUGAACCCUGGCAAACUACGCAGACCAUAACGGAGGAUGGAUGGAUCAAGACCGGUGACAUUGGCUGGGUUGGUGAGCGUGAUCAAUUCUAUAUUGUUGGUCGCCAAAAGGACCUAUUCAAAAUCAACGGUGACAACGUUUCUGCAGCGGAAAUCGAGACAGCUAUCUUACAGCAUCCGGCAAUUACGGAUGCCGCUGUUAUUCCUGUACUUCUACCUGGAGAUGAAGAGCCUGUUCCUCGUGGUUAUAUUGUCAAGGCAGAAGACUCUGCCUUGACAAUAGAAGAAUUGAUGUACUGGAUGCGGGCAGAACUGACUUCACGCAUGCAACUCCGUGGUGGUGCAGCCCUCAUUGAUGCGAUUCCAAUUUCAAAUGUCGGAAAUAGCAAAGUCGAUCGUCAGCGACUGAUCGAGCUUGCUGAGAGCGAGCUGCAGGUUCUAAACUAG